AUGGAGGACACGGCCGAGAGGGACCUGGCAGCUGCAAUGGAGGACACGGCCGAGAGGGACCUGGCAGCUGCAAUGGAGGACCCCGAUUUGUCGCAAGGGGACUACUACGGCCUUUGCGCACGCCUGCCUCUACACUGCUGGGCCUGCGAAUGGAUCUCCCCGAAGCCCAAGGUGCUGCAAAACUGCUGCUUGAUCCCGACCAUCGGUGGAAUGGGCUUGAUUGGGCGCCACUUGAAUGACCUCGGCGCGGAGGUGAUUGUCAGCAUCGGCAGCGGCGCUGGCUUAGUGGAGUGGCUGCUCUCGGCUCGCUUCCAGGUGAUUUGUGUGGACUACUUCUACGGCCUAUCUGCUGAAGGCUCCAGAGUGGCGUUAUCAGAUCGCCGUCGCAGAAACCAAGAUCGGAGGAUUCCCCCACGUAUGGUUCUACACCCACCCGCCCCAGAUUUUCCUUGA